UAUUUAUUUUUCGUGUGGCAACGUGAUUUAAACCCGGUCAUUAUAAUUUUCGUUUGGUGUUUGAUGCUUAGUAUUUUUUGUAAAUAAUAAUGUUUAAAAUAUAUAUUAUUUAUGAAGAAAGUGUUUACCAAGUAGGACAGAGCCAUAUAUAUAUAUCAAGUUACUUAAGCAAUUAAUUCUUGAAUAUAACAUGGCGAAUACAGUCAAUGAAUUAAGGAAAACUUCUAAAGGACGACUCUCGUAUCAGCGUAAAAGAACGUUAGAGGAUAUAUAUAAAGAAAUAGACAAUUUUAUUUGUCUAUCUGUUACACCAGUAAAAAAUUAUGAAUUUGAGAAACAAGAAAAAGUUAAUAUUGGAUCGGUUACAAAAUCUGCACCAAAGAAAUUCAAAGUAGAAAAAACAGUUGAGAGUAGUAAAAAUUUUGUAGAUUCUGAUGCAAUCUCUAAAUAUGCACAAAUUGAACAAUCUCUUAUUGAUUAUGAAUUGGAAAGGAAAAACUAUGUUAAGAAACAAAUAGCAGAAAGAUUAGCAAGCUGGGAGAAAUGCUCACUAGAGUACAGAAAAAAAUUUGAAACCUGUUCUUCAGAAGUUUCAAAAGAACCAGAAAAGCAUGAAAAUGCAAAUACAACUCAAAAUACUUCUGAAUCACAAGAAGUAAACAAUAAUUCAUUAAAUACUCAAUGGAUUACGAAAGAGGAAACUCAGCUAUCAAAAGAAAAAGCAAAACAACCAGAAGAAGAAUUAUUAAUUGAAAAAGAAAGGAAACUCGAAAUAUUGGAGAAAUUAAAUAUGAUUUAUCUCAAGUUAAAGUUCAUUGCGAGUGAAAUACUUGAAAAAUAUAAUAGAUUGAAUUGCAAGAAUCAACCAAACAAAGGGAUAAAUUUAAUAUAUCGUUUGAAAGAUAUAGUUACUCUAAUGGACUCUUACUCGAUUAGUGAUGAUCCAGAUAUGUAUCUGGAAACUGCCAAGUCCCAUUUAGAAGAAUGUAGAAGAAUGCUUAAAUUUUUUACUGAUUUAGGAAAUUCAAAUGAAAAUGAUAUGAAUAAUAAUUCUUCUGCAAUUGAAUGUUCUGAGGUAGAUAAUAUAGUUUCUGGGUCUUCUGAAACAGAUAUUACAAUUACUCAGAAUGCUGCAAUGGAUGUUGUUCCUCAGAUUUCAAUGGAUGUUAUGAAUUGUAAUGCAGUAGCUAGUCAGUCUCCUCCUUUAGAAUUUGUUUCGUUUCCCCAAAGUAAUAAAUUAUCAUCAUUGACAUCAUCAGAUCAAACAACAAAAAACUGUAGAAAUUUUGAAAUUAAGAUUCAUAAAUUUAAGAAGAUUCAAAAGCCUGAAAUUUCAAUAUCCGAGUCUGCAGUUGCUAUUUCUAAAGUUCCAGAAAGCACAAGUACAAAUGUUUUUCAAGGAGUUACUGUUUCUGAAAUAUCUUCAAAAUCACAAAUUCUAGCAUCUGAAAAUAUGCAGUUGGAUGAAAAUAAAAAAGCUGAUUCAAAUGAAUUUUCUAAAGAUGAAACUCACUGCCAAUAUGUUGAUAAAGAUGCUUUAAUAGAAUAUACAGCACUACUUCAGUUUGCAGAAACUUGGAAAAAUUUAUAUCAAACAUUUGUAACUGAUUCAAAGAUUUAG